AGAUGGCUGGACGUGCUCUUGUCGUGAUGAGGUUGCUGCUCCUACCUUUAUUCCAGUCAGGUUUAGAUGGAGAGGUUAGCUUGAUGUUUCCCGGAGGGACUUAUGAUAUUAGCUUCCCAUGUGGUAAAAAUGCCUGCUAUGAAGCGUGGUAUUUUAGUGCAAGAGAUAGAGGAGAGACCAUUGCCGUAAUACGUAAUGGAGAACUCCGGGUGUCUAAACCAGAAGCUGGCAACUCAAGGUGCACUCUGCAAAAAGAUCAGAUGGGGGAGGAUGUUGGACAUCAGCGCUGCCCAGACAGUUCAGCACCAGAUAUAAUCCUCAGGCCUGGCGAAGCGGUGGCGCUGCAGUGUGUCCUUCUCAGCUACGUCAAGACAAGUCAGUGCCGCACAACGCAGCGAAAACAGAUCACACUGGCGUGGGUAGAGGAAGCCAAUGACCACAUACAGGAGGACUCCCAACCUCAGAUAAACCAGCGUUCUCUUUGCGAUAUCACCCUGACUCUGAUCCCCCGGCGUCCUGCAAAUAAAACGUUUAGCUGCCUGGUGACUGUGGGGGGACAACAGGCCCGAGUGGAUUUCUGGAUCAAAGUGCUAGGUCAGUCGAUGGUUGGUCUUCAUCACUCGUCUCUUAUGUGUUCAUGA